UCGUCAUGAGUUAGUUGCCGAGUAUCCGCCUCAGCUGUCUCUUCUGCCUCUCCGUCAGCGAAGAAGGAAAAACAAUGUCAAAAUAGAUGACCAGGUUGCCGCGCUGGCCAUCCAGAUCUCGAAUUGGAAACCCCUUGCUGCAGUGCACCAGCCACACACGCAUCCAUCAAGCCUGGCGUGAGCUGGCUGGGACGGCAGCUCUAUCCUUCUGACUUACCCAUGCACAACGUGUAAAUCGCCCUGUCGUGUGAUGCUAUUGAGCCUGACCGUGAUGGGCGAGCCGUCUAAUCCCUUGACGCUGAUGCUGCCGCCCGCGAGAGCGAUGGAGAGGGGAAUGCUCACGGUGGUGUGGACGUCUGAGUCGUCGACAAGCUUAUAGUCGGGAUGCUCUGCCGCACGGACGACCAUGAUGAUAUCAUUGUAGGGCUGGUUGGCGCCGAUCUGGUCACCUUGACCUGCCAACACGAGGGCAACGAGCACAUUGACAUGUAAGGGUCAAUCUCAUUUGGUGUCGACGAGCGAAAGUGGGCUCACCAGGAAAGCGAAACUCGGCGCCUGGCAGUGUGCCUGACGUACAGCACAGCACACCAUACGAUAUCACUGUGUGUGUGAGAGCACAGCUGGGGGGCUGGCUGUGUCACAUACAUACCUGGUGGUAUCGUCAGGUUGAUCGUGACCCGCUGCAUCCGAGGCUGUAUGGCCGUCGGCGAGAACCGUGACACCUCGACGUCGAUAGCCCUCGUGGUGCCCUUGUAAAGCUCCUCGAGCGAUACAUCGACCUCCAGAGAAGUUGAGCGUCGGUUACCGAGACCCAACCGCAGCAGGUCUUGGGCCAUCAGGGAGGCUGCCACAGCCCGCUGAUACAUCGGCCGCCGCAUCGACGGUCUAAAACCAUUGCUGGCCGUGGCUGUGAGGAAGGGCCGGUAGAGGUGCCGAUUGUUGCUUACGUACACGGAGCCAUUCAGGAAAGAGGGCCGGAAAAGCUCCAGAUCUUCGAUAUGUCUUUCCACAGCAAAGGCCCUCUCUGCGUCGUACUGCCUUCUUCGCACUGGAUCUGCCAGAAUGGCAUACGCUUGAGUGAGCUGUCCAUCCGACAUGGCCUCGGGCGGCAGCUGGCGAGCGAUUCGGCGAAAAGCACGCUUGAUGUCGUUUUGGGAGGCUGAAGGGUCCACGCCUAGCAGCGAGUAGAGGCUGUUGUCAUCCGGAAGCUGAGCUGCGUAACUCAUGAGCAACAGACCCACGAAAAGAUGGCAUCUCGCCUCCAUGACGACCAAACACCCAGAAACCGCAGAUGCAGAGAGAGCUAUGCACUUGUCAGGCAGAGACCAUAGGCGGCUCGGG